UGAAUAAGAAGAAGAACCUAAAUACAAUAAUGACAACUCGAUAAGUUUCGCGCUCUUUUCAGAAAACUUCUGCGAAAGACAAGUAUUUGAUCUGCGAAGUAUUUUAACUAAAAUAAAUGAAUCUAACGUAAAAAUGGAUGAGUCCCCAUCAAAUCAUCGAGCGAAAAGACAGAGAAUCGACAAGCAUGGGCGCUUCGCUGCAUUGGCCAAAUUGAAGGAGCUUAAAGGUUCCAAACACAAAUACGAAAUCAGCGAAGAUGUGGACAAUGUUUACGACGAAGUAGACGAACAGGAAUACUCCAACAGAGUGACGUCAAGAGCCCUGGACGAUUGGAUUGAAGAUGAUGGCACGGGCUAUGUCGAGGAUGGACGGGAAAUAUUUGACGAUGACGAAGAAGAUCUACCUCGUAAAAACGUCAGCAAAACGAAGAGAAGUGACAAGAAGAGAGUGAAAGACAUUGGAGAUCCAGUACAGGGCAAAGGAUCCAUUAAGAGUUUGUUUGGCAACGCUGUUCCAAAGAAGAAGGAUAGUAACGUCAAGUUGGAGGAUGACAACAUCUUGGCUGAUAUUCUAUGUGAGCUGGAUGGUAACACAGCUAAUGUUGUGAGUGCAACGCCUCAUUCAACUUCGUCACUUAAGGCAGUACAAGAAGAGAAGAAGGCGAUUAACGAUUAUAUGGCCAGUUUUUCGAAGAAUGUGCUAAAAAAGCGCGAGUUGAAAGAGGUUGAUACAGCUAGUGAUGAUGAAAUCUUGGAGAAAAUCAUGAAGCCAGCCAAAGUAAUUAAAACAGACGUCGUCAAGUCCACCGCCUUAUCGGCAAACACUAGAGCAACAACGGUCAAAUCGGUUCCAAGAAACGUCUUUAAAAUCGAAGAACCCAAGGCUGUAGCAGAAACUAAGAUGGAAAUGACCAACGGCGAUACUCAUGAAAUUGAUCACUUUGGCGACGAUGACGACAUUGAUUUCAGUGUGCUAGAAACUGACGAUCUCAAUUUGGUAGAGAAUGCUAAUGUAUCGGUAAAAGUAGAGGAACCUGUGACCAAACAAAUCGAUUCACCGGAUGCCAAAGCAAAAUCUGCGGUCAAAACGUCUGACAUUUUUGCGAAUAUUCGUCCGAAUUGGGACAGUGCAUUUAGCAUGGAAGAUGAUGACGAUGCUGAUUUGAUAAACGCCGUUGCUGAUGUCGUUGAUGAUGCAAUGGUGACCGAUGACAAGCAAAGUGACAUGAAAUUCUGGUACUGGGACGCCUGGGAACAUCCGAACAAUCCGGGUCAAAUUUUCUUGUUUGGUAAAAUUGCGGCUGAUAACAAAAACGCACGGUCAACCGAAUACAAAUCGAUCUGCGUGAAAGUAGAGAAUGUUGAUCAUUGCAUCUACGUUCUGCCGAGAGAGUUUGUCAUGGACACGGACACUAAUCGUCUGACAAAAACCCCUGUAACUAUGAAAGCUGUUUACGAGGAAUUCCGCGAUUCGAUUGCCAAGAAGAAUGGAAUUGGCGAGUUUCGUUCGAAGCCUGUCACAAAGAACUUUGCGUUCAGUGUACCGGAUGUAAAUGUUCCAAUGACCUGCGAGUAUUUGGAGGUCCGUUAUGAUGGUCGAACCAAACCUAUCGACAUGAAAUACUUCAACAACAAGUACAAAACCGUUGCGCACAUCUUUGGAACGAAUGCUUCGUCGUUGGAAACGUUUCUGCUUCAUCGAAAAAUCAAGGGUCCCUGUUGGUUAAACCUUAAAGACUACAAAAUGAACGACCAACCAAUGUUCAGUUGGUGCAAAUCCGAAAUGACAGUGCCAAACAUUCAAUCGAUUUCCGUGAACGAAGUACAAAGCAAAAAUCCCCCACCAGUCGCUGUGGCCACUGUAAACGUGCGAUCGUCGCUAAAUCCGAACACAAUCAAAAAUGAGGUGUGCAUGAUCACCAUAGCGCAUCACAACAAUUUCCCCAUCGAUCAACCAGCACCGAGACCACAAUUUCAGAAACACUUUUGCGGUUACACUCGACCAAAGUCUCAGAAUUGGCCGUUGGACAUUAAGGCUAAGCAUGAGGAAUUCAAGAUUACGAAAAUUGUCAAAGCUGAUUCGGAACGUGAAUUGUUGUCGUGGUUCUUGGCUACAUUUAAGAGCAUCGAUCCUGAUCUGAUUGUCGUCAACGACGCGAACGACUGUCAAUUGGAUGUUAUUUGGGACCGUAUCAACAACAGCAACAUUUCCAAUUGGUCUUGUCUGGGUCGAUUGAAAUUUCGCAACAAAAAUAAAUGGAAAUGGGACAACGUUAUAAUCGGCCGUAUGGUGUGCGAUGUUAAGAGUCAAGCCGAACAAUUGCAUAGAUCACUACGCAGCUACGAUCUGGGUACAUUGUGUGUGGAGUUGCUGAAGACCAAAGAAGAGGAUCACAUGCAAAUUUCCAAUGACGAUUUGUAUGCGUUCUAUGAAACCGGUGCCGGUGUGAUGAAACUCAUUACCUUGACGAUGAACGACUGCAUGUCCAUUCUUAGACUGAUGUGCGAAAUGAAUGUACUACCACUGGCAUUGCAGUUGACGAACAUUUGUGGCAAUUUAAUGGGAAAAACGUUGAUGGGAGCGAGCUCAGAACGGAUCGAAUAUCUACUGUUGCAUGCUUUCUUCGAAAAGGAUUACAUUGUGCCGGAUAAACGGAUACGCCAAAAGAGUUGGGAAACAAACGACACGCUUGCUACUGAAACGCCAGCAGCUGGAAAGAAGAAGCCACAAUAUGCAGGCGGUAUGGUGCUGGAACCGAUCAAAGGAUUCUAUGACACCUUCAUCUUGCUGAUGGACUUUAACUCUCUGUAUCCGAGUAUCAUUCAGGAGUACAACAUUUGCUUUACAACCGUAACCGAUCCUGUGAACAAAGAAAUUAUUCCCGACCUGCCCGACCCAGGAACUGAACAAGGAAUUUUACCGAAACAAAUUCGCCGUCUGGUUGAGAGUCGUAGAGAUGUGAAAAAGCUGAUGGCAAAUCCUGAUCUGAAGAGCAUCGUUCGAAUGCAAUACCACACCAGACAGCAAGCGCUGAAACUUACGGCCAAUUCGAUGUACGGAUGUUUGGGUUUUGCAAAUUCUCGUUUUCGUGCCCAACAUCUUGGUGCGCUGGUUACAGCCAAGGGUCGAGAAAUUUUGAUGAACACGAAAAGUUUGGUGCAGAAAAUGAACUUCGAAGUAAUUUACGGCGACACCGACAGCAUAAUGAUCAAUUCGAAUUGUGUGGAUUACGAUCAAGUGAUGCGAAUUGGACAGCAAAUUAAGCAAGCCGUAAACAAAGUGUACAAAGAAGUUGAACUGGACAUUGACGGUGUGUUCAAGUGUAUGCUGUUGCUGAAAAAGAAAAAGUACGGCGCCGUUACCAUUUCAAAAUUGAAAUCCGGAGAGUUCGAAACGUGUCAGCAGUUGAAAGGUUUGGAUAUCGUGCGACGAGAUUGGUCUCAAGUCGCUAUCAUGGCUGGUAAAUUGGUCGUUGAGGAAUUGUUCAACACCGAUCGUCCCAUAGAUGACCGAAUCGACACAAUCCACUCCCAUCUCGAGACAUUCAAACGGAACAUCGAAGACGACGUUACUCCAUUGCCAUUGUUCAAUAUCACGCAGCAGUUGAAGAAAAUGCCCAAAGACUACACGAACGUUAUGCAAAAUCCGCACGUCCAAAUCGCGUUGAGACUGAACGCAAACAAAACGAAACGAUUCAAGAAAGGCGACACUAUCAAUUACAUCAUCUGUGACGAUGGUACCGACAAACCGCCCAUGCAACGUGGCUACCACAUGGACGAAUUCAAAACGAAUCCCAAUCUGAAGGUGGACAAAUUGUACUACUUGGAGAAACAGAUUCAUCCCAUUGUGACGCGUUUGGUUGAACCAAUCGAGGGCACUGACGCAAGCCGUAUUGCUACAUUUUUGGGACUCGAUUCGAGUAAAUACAUUCAGGCUGCACGACGAGCACAACAAGACAGAGCCGAUGCUGGAAUUGGUGAGUCAGUCAUCAAGACUUCCCUACAAAAAUAUCGAUACUGCAAACGGUUUACGUUCAAGUGCAGAGCGUGCAAGACAGAAAAUGUGGUUGCGUCAGCAUUUAAAAAGAAUGAAUCGGCUCUGCAACAAUGUUCGAAUCCGGAAUGCAGCGAUCGUCCGUAUGAACAUGUGGCUUACAUCCAGAAUCAAUUGACACUGACCAUUCGUCAGUGUAUCAGUCGGUUCUAUGAAAACUGGCUGGUUUGUGACGAGCCUACUUGCAACAGCAACACCCGGACGUACACACACGUGACUGUGAACAAUCGCCCCGUUUGUCGUGAAUGUAAAACUGGAUUUUUGCUCCGGCAAUAUUCAGAAAGCGAGCUGAAUGAUCAAAUCUCCUACUUCCGGUACAUGUUCGAUUUGGAAGCUCAUUCAGAGGCCCAAAUCAAAGUUCCGCCACAAGUUGAAGCUUCGUAUAAGAUUCUAAAGGAUGCCAUCGAUCAGAUUUUAUCACAGUCAGCAUUUUGCGUUAUCAAACUGUCGAAGCUCUUUGAACGCUUACAGCCGGUGCCUAAACAAAUUCCAUUAAAUUGAAAUUAUUUUUGAGAGAAACUAAAGUUGCAGACAUGCCUUUUCGCUCAUAAUUUUAACUUAAUAAAUUUUCAUUUUAAAAUAA